GGAGCACCGUCCGUUGCCUCGCGUGUUUCAAGUUCGUGUUAGUCCAUCGCCGCGCUCCUUCCGAGGUGCACACACCAGACAACACAGACCUAUUCCCAGAGAGCACACCACGGAGCAAAAUCUCUCUUGAUUGCUCAAUUUGCCAAAGAACGGACGAUAGGCUUUUUUCCCCACAACGGUCUCCUUUUCUGAAAUCCGCAAACACGCGUAAGAUGAGUUCCUCCUCCGGCUCAAUCCAGUCGAUGUCGCCGCCAAACAUGUCUCCGCAGAGGAACGUGAUUCAGAUCACCGCAGAGCAGUGGGACGCCCUCGAAGCGCAGUUUGCCAAAGUCAAGAACCCGCACCCUACCGACCUAGUGCUGCUUGCAGCCGAAAUCGGCCUCGACGAGUCCGACGUGCAGGCCUGGUACACGCAGAGGAUUGCAGCCUGGCGGAGGUCUCAGGGUCUCACCCCCUAUUCAGGAAGAGUCGACUAAAGCGAAUUCAGGGAAUCCUCAAAGCAAAGAACCGCAAUUGUAAAAUAUAAUUUAUAAAUAAUAUACACACUUAAUUGAAGAUAAUGCGGAAGCCGCGAAUCGUAACAUAUGUUGAUCGCAAUUAUUGCCAAAAAGCAGCUGUCCAUCAACGCUCCACUUCGCUGUCAUGAAUAGCAACUCCAACUGUCAGGCCUCAACGGGAAGAAAAAUGCUGAAAAUUACCGUAAAUCUGUAUGUAGAGCAAUUUAACACGAGAUCUGCUAAACUCUGAUGAAUGGAGAAAAACGAGCUGGACAGCUGCCAAGAUUGUUGUUAAGAUUGUAAAAACUAAACCUGGAGGCGCGACUCGCCGCCCACGCUAUACUCUGUAAGCUACACAGCCUUUCAUUUCCUUGACUAAUUUCGGACCAAAAAGAUAAUAAUCUGUUAUUGUGUCUAACAUUUGAUAUUUCAACGAAGACAAGAGGCCCUUUUGCUAUUUUUCUCUCUAUCUGUCACAAACUCUCCUUGACAUCACAUUUUAGUACCUGAAGAUGUUAAACUAUGUAUGCUAAACGGGAGGGUUUGAGCUUUUUGUUAUUUAUGAAUUUGUACACUAUAUAUUGAACGAUACUUGCUAAAGAAACCAAAGGCAGAUUUAGAAACAACAUUGUAAUAUAUUUUCAUACUGAGCACGUAAUUUCAAUCUCUUUUGCCACAUGCAGCUAUUAAUUUUUUUUCUGAAAUAGGAUUUGCACAGCAGCACCUGUUAAGCUAAAUAAAAGUGGAAUAUAUACAACUAAAAUAA